AUGCGUAGCUGGUUUUUAUUUGGAUUAUAUGCGCUGCUAAUCGCCGCAACAGUUGGCCAACCGCUGCACCAAAAUGAGCCUGAAAAAAUGGGCAAGGACUCUGGCUCUGGCUCUGGCUCUGAGCGGGGCGAGCGAGUGAGUCGCCAAAUUGGCUAUCCGUUUGUGGGUGGCUACGGCGGAGGAUAUUCAGGAUACGGAGGCAUUGGCGGCUAUGGAGGCUACGGAGGCUAUGGUGGCUAUGGUGGCUAUGGAGGAUAUGGCGGCAUUGGAGGCUAUGGCAUACGCUCGCCGUAUUAUCCUUAUGGCUCCAGCGGCCUGGGAGGACUUUCGGGCGGAUAUUAUGGUCGUCCUUAUGGUUAUGGCUAUGGCAGUGGCUAUAAUAUUGGAUAUCCGGCCAUUGGUGGCUUUGGCGCCACCGCUGGCGGCAUUUACGGCGCUUCUCCACUUUCCCCGUUCAUUUAA